UCACCGAACCCGGUUAGAGUACAAAGGUUCGGUUCUGAUAGGUCAGGAUUCUGUCUCCGGAUCGGUUCUGCUGGAACAGAAUCUAUCUCCUGUAAUGUGAACAUAGCUAGUGGUUCCCCCGCUUCGGUACGGACAGAGGCUGGGCUUUGGUUCUGAUGCCGCGUUGCUGGUUCUGGAAGGUUCUGCAGGUCCAUUAGUAGGUAAUCAGGGAUGUGCGCAUGCUCAGUGCGGUUCAGGUGAAACAGGUUGAUUCUGUUUGGUUCUUCUGGAGGCCUGGAGUCGGUUCUGAACUCUGAGCAGGUUUUGUUUUCUCUGUGUCAGCGGUUCUGAGAUAGAGUUCUUUUGGACUGGAAAGUCUGUACUGUUCUGUAACAUGAGUAGGGUUUUAUUCUGAAAAUCAAAAUAAGAAAUUUAAAGAUGGUGGCUGGGAAAGUGAAGAAGCCCGGGAAACGCGGCCGGAAGCCAGCUAAGAUCGACUUGAAGGCCAAGCUGGAGCGGAGCCGGCAAAGCGCCAGGGAGUGCCGGGCCCGGAAGAAGCUGCGCUACCAGUACCUGGAGGAACUGGUUUCCAGUAAGGAGAGGGCCAUCUGCGCGCUGCGGGAGGAGCUGGAGAUGUACAAGCAGUGGUGCUCGGCCAUGGAUCAGGGCAAGAUCCCGUCGGAGAUCAAAGCUCUACUGACCGGAGACGAGCAGAAGAUUCCUCAGAGCAGCGCCGGCACCAAGGCGGCCAAGAACAGCAGGAACAGCAGCGCCGGCGCCGUCCAGAGCUAGACCACCAUGUCAGCUACAGACUCUGUGACCCCAAACGACCCGGAGACUGCCCGGAUAAAACCCGGAUACCGGAGUCCGCUCCAUCUGCUCUGAUCUCUCCUCACGUUGCUGAAGUCGGCCAUCUUGUCUUCUCCCCGCUUCCAGCCUCCCACCUGUUCAGGCGACACUCGGAGGUUACCUGGCUGUUUCAAGGUCACACGAUCCGCUGGCUUUCAGCUCCUGAGAAAAAGAUGUUAAAGUCUGAUCGUCUCGCUAAACGUUUCUGCUCUGGAUCUGACUAAUCCAGUUUGGAUCCGUUUUUUGCUUCGUUUUCAGGUGAUUCUGUCUAAAUCAGCAGAUCUAGAACCCGUUUCCCGAGGAAUCCCAUUUUUCCUGUUCUGGUUCUGGUCGUAAUCCUUCCUGAAUGUUGUGCACUUUCUUUAUUGUAGCAGAAGCACUUUGUGAGUUCUGAAGAACCUUUGUAGCUUUUACAGAACUUCAAUUUGUCAAAGCAAAUAAACCAGAAUCGUGAUUCUGAUGAAAA